AUGGUUCGAGUUACAGAUGAGCUGGCUUUGUCGCUCGAUCAUCUAAGUCUCUAUUACGCCCUCGAUCCUCAUCUAUCCAACCUACCCGUCCUCUUAUAUCAUGGUCCUUCUACCACCUCCAAUUCUACCCUCAAUAGUUCACGAAUUCAAGUCCAUAUCUUCACCGCUGCAGGCUUUCAAAGUUACCAGCGCAUCACCAUUUCACCUAACUCACCGCUAUACGAAUCCGUCAAUUAUCUGCCGCGCGAUAAACAGGGCGAUGAAGUAUGUCGCGGUCUCGCAUUCGGUCUAUUCAAAUAUUUCAAAGAGUUACCAGAGGUGGUCAAGAGUGGUUUAAUAUUACAAGUUGCGAAUACAUCGAGAAAACAAAGACCAGGAUCGGCACCAACUUUAUUCGGCGAACAACAUGCGGCGGAUCUGGCGAGUUCGAUGGUGAAGGUGGAGAACGUUGCGGAAGUUACAAAAGAUAUUGAAGCGGCUUUGCGAAUACAAAAUAUCAAUUAUGCGGAUGUGGAUUUGGUUCUUCCGCCAGGUUCGAUAUCGCCUUUUCGGGAGUUGGAUGGGGAUUUGGAUGAGGAGGAAUAUCCGGAUCUUACAUUGAGACAAUAUGGAUCAUAUGCACCGCUGGUGAAGCUCUUUGGAGAAGUGGCAUUUCUUCCAACUUCGAAAUUGCGCCGAGCUCCCUCGAAACCUACUGCCUUGAAUAGAAGUAAAUCAUUUCUCAAGGAUCAAAAGAUGGCUUUGCGACGGGAGAUGGGAGAAUUGGUGGAUACGGAAGAGCGUUAUGUGAUAAAGAUGCAUGAAUUGGUCAAUCAUAUUGCAGAUGAUUUUCGAGCCAAGGCUAAGAGUCGAGCAUUUGGAAGCUUUAGUCCUUCGGGAGAGGAUCUACAAAAACUAUUCCCACGAUGUUUGGAUCGAAUCUUACAAAUCAAUUCGGCAUUCUUAACAGCGAUUGGGAAAGUGAUGGAUGAAACCGAGGAAGAAGCCAUGCAAGAUCUAGAGACACCGAUGGUCAGCUCCACCUCUUCUCGUUAUGGUGGCUCGGGUCAUUUGAAGGACCCUACAGGUGCACUGGCCUUUGCCAAAGUCUUACUCGAAUGGUUCCCACAAUUCUCCGAGAGCUACCAACAAUAUAUCCAUGCUAGCCAGGAAUUUCCACAAAUUAUCUCGAGCUUCAUGAAGCAACCGAGUAGUUUCUCGAGUCGAGUGCAAGCGACAGGGGAACAACGUCUGAGGUCUGCUGUAAUCGAACCAGUUCAGAGAUUACCUAGAUAUAGUCUCUUCAUUGACAAUAUUGUCAAUUCACUUCCAGUCCUACAUCCUGCUUUACAACCUAUGCUCAAGGCGAGAGACAUCAUCACUUCGAUAUGUUCACUUGAUCCACCGGCGGCUGAUAAGUCACAAGUUGUGAAUCGAUUAAGAUAUUUGGUUGAUGCUUGGCCUUCCACAUUACAUCCUCAAGGACGUCUCAUCACUGCUGUCGAUACUGCAGAAUUGUCGGCUCCUUAUCAUGUCAGAGCCACUACCGGUAGUACUGCAGGUAUUACCAAGGAAGGUAUACUUCUACUCUUCGCAGACUGUAUUGUUUUGUUGAAGAAGAAUAAGGAUUGCUUGCAAACUGCUCGAGGUGUGAUGGCGGAAAUCGACAAACCUUCGGCGCAAACUAUGAUGGCAUCCGUGACCGCAGCUGCUGGUGGACACAAACAUAUCUUCGACCUUUCAUUUACUGGUUGGCAUGUUCUUGGAGAUACGCGAUUUACCUCGUCUGAUGAUAAUCGAUGUAUUUGGUUAACCUUCUUGCAUGAGUUGAAAGAUGCAAAUAUGGGACGAGAUCGUAAUCAAGCUGCCACGGUUCGAAAUUUUGUCUUGCAAGGAGCGUACGAAGCUAAGGCUUCCAGAUUAGGCGAAGAAUUGAUAAAAGCUAGGCUUGAAGGGAGAUUCUCUGAGGCUGAGCGCGAAACUGAUAAGUGGAGUCUGAGAUCAAUCAAGCCGGCUGGAAUCCAUCUUUAUAGUGCGAUUUUCGCUGAAGGUGUUGAGUCAUUAGUUGAAGGUCGAAGGGAACCUGCCCCUGUUCGUCUUGUUGUCGAUCAUGAAAGGGGUACAAAGGGUGCUCCCGUCGGUCAUUAUGGUGUUGAUAUCGUGGCAAAUGUUACAACAUUGGCAGGAGGAGAGAAAUAUAGACUUGAGAUAGAUGGACUUAAUGAUAGGGUAUAUGUGGAUGAGGUACUUCCUGAGUACUUGAUGGUCACAUUUGCGAAGAGAGUGACCGAUCUACUUCGACUCCAGCAUCAAAUAAGUAACCCAGCGCUAUCUGCGCCUUUUACUUCUUUCUACUCGAAGAUUCUAAAGUCGAUCGAUGUUAUGUGCGAAGGCGAUAAAUCAAAAUCGUAUCGACCACAUUCUCCUGUCAAAAUGCUCUCCACUUUACUCAAUGGUGGUUUCGGAAGUUCGGCAUCACUCUCACCUACGAAUAUCAAUGGAUUGGCAUCUCCUAGUAAAUUCUCACGACCUAUGAUGAUGGGUAAGAUUCCAGCAUUAGAAUCACCACAAAUCGUUCGAACGAGUAGCAAUAGAUCUCUACACUCAAUACAAGAUUUGGAUGGUAAAGGUAGUGUUCGAGCUACUUUUGAAGAGACCAGACCGAUCAAUCCUCUUGUUCGACUUGAGGAAACGUUUACCGGUUAUAUCGCAGCUCUCCAGUCAAGAAAGGGAAACGUGGUUGGAAAGAACCUACGAAAUAGAUCAGCUGCUGACGAAUUGGCUGUUAAUGCCUUAUAUAAUACUUUUAUUGAAAAUCCUUUCGAUACUCGAGCAGCUUCCGAGACUUCUUUCGAUGUCAUAUUUGUGGCUUUUGAGAAGUUCUUGAGAUUGGCAUGGAAAGAACAAAUGGGUUCUGUUAUGUCUCUGGAGUCUCUCGACGCUUUACAAGAAAGAUGUGUCAAGCUUUUCCCAGGAGAUUUCAAUGUAUACGUUAGGUCAAUAUUUGGAGAGAUGGCACCCCAAAACAGGAGAGCAUUUAUUGCCCUCGUCAAGUUGUUGGCAGAUCUUCUAGAUGGAUGUGGCAAUGAUGGUGAUCGAGGUGCUCUUACGGUUGCCUUUGCAGAGUUAUUGGUCGUUGAUGGUGAACCGCAUAGUUACAUCAACUUGUUGGAUCGUGUUGUCGAAGAUUCCGAUAAACUGUUUGAUGAUCUUGGUCCAGGAGCUGGUGUUGGAGGUGGUAGUAAUUAUGGCUCUGUGGCAGGUCGAUCAGUACAUUCAGCUACCGGAUCUAUCACUUCAAACACAUCAUUACGAAGAAGAUUUGCGGAUACAGUCUUUCGUCAAGGUAGUACUAAAGCCGAUGCGGAACAUCGUCCUUCGGUUUGGAGAACAUUGAGUAAGACUACUCGCAGUGUUGCCACUGGAGAUCAAUAUGUGAGCAAACCAUCUUUAGGAAGAGCUCAUUCAAUCGAAUCACCGGAUCGUAAAUGUCGACCAGGAUCUCGUGAUAGACCUACAGUUAUGGGUGCAUUUGAUGAGAGACCUGGUAGUUCUGAUUCGAUUGCACCGAAAUCGAGGCUUAGUACUAUCGGUGCAUCACCACCACCCGAAGAGCAGAAGGAUAAUGGUACUACCAGAUCAUCCAAGAAGAAGCGUCGAAGUUCUUUGUCUGAUCUUAAGAGUUUGAUGGCUCAAGCGACACUUGGGCCCAUGACUCCGUCUCCUGAACAAAAAGUUGUUACGACUACUCCGAAUAAGAUGGAUUCCCCACCACGUACUCCAUCUCCAAUCAAGGUUCCGCCAUCGCCGCUAAAGAUUACGAAGAUUCCACCAACUGGUUCAAUCAUGGAUAGAGACCGAUCUCUUAUGUAUCGCAGCCCACCACCUGCCCUCAAAGAAAAUAUAUCUAUUACCUCUCCUGAUCGCAGCAUCGGCAAUUUAACCGAACGUGCACAGAAUAUCAUGUCCUCCACAGAUUCUACAACAUUCGCAUCUCCAAUCAAGGAACAAUGGCGAGCCGGUCACAACAAAACAGUAUCUCUCUCCUCAAAUAUCCCCACUCUUCGUGGAACUCCCCGCGAUCCAUCCCGCCCAAUAACAUCCUAUGGAAAUAGCAAUUUGAAUGGAAAUAAAUCUCCACAACGUCUCCGACUUCAAAGUCCACAAAAACUUCGUGAACGCCUUCAAAAUGAAGCAAAAGCCAUCAACGAAGCAGAAGCAUCUCUUCAAAACGAGCUCUCUAAAAUCGGAGAAGAAAUGGCCAAACUCAAUGCCGUUUCGGCUAUUCCUCGAACUUCUGAUAUCGCGAGAUUGUCUGAAGCAGUAUUACAUCUUGAGACUAAAAUUCCUACUAUUGUCAAGGACUUGAAUGAAAGGAAUGAUGCUGUGAAGAAGGAACUCGAGACGAGUUUACAAGCUAGUGAGUUUAAGGUUAAGGGACUGGAUCAAUUGUAUAAAGAGAGUAGUGCGGAAAAUGAAUUGUUGUAUGAGAAAUUUAACGCGGAGUUGGGGAAAAUUGUGAAGGCGCUGAGGGCAAGUAAGAAGAGUGGGGUUGGGGUGGAUGAUGCGGUGAAUGGUGUUAAUGGGGUGAUGGGAGUUAAUGGGACGAUGAGUGCGAAAGAAGAAUUGGUGUCGAGGAUGAGGGAGAGUAGUGAGGAGGCGGCGAGGGUUAAGAAGGAAAAUGCUAGGUUGAGGAGGGAGGUGUUGACGUUGAGGACACUGUUGAAGGGGCAGGAGAGUGCGGUGUAG